UUAUUAUUAUUAUUAUUAUUAUUAUUAUACAUUAGUUCAGUUUUAAACUUACAAAUAAUGAUGGAAAUGCCUUUUCUGAAUUGCAUUUACAUACUUUGGUUAAUUUUCAAAUUACACAACUUUUACACAGCUGUGUCUUACACAUUCAUUUCUUCAAGAUACAAUAACAAACAUUCCAUAUGUGAUGAAAAACCUAUCUGGUAUAAUGUCACAUGUGAGCAAAUGUAUGUAAAGAGCACUGGGGACUGAUCCCAUGAAAUGUCAGAUGAGAGUUGUUAACAUGGCCGUUGAUAACGAAUGGUGAAAUUCUUCUCAAUAUUCUCCUUUCUUAGUGAAUGAGUUGUGAAAACUUUAGAUGGUGCCCAAUUACUCAGUAGAGGAACACGUGAUCAGCUAACCUUCUGUCUAGGACACCAGUGUGACUAGACACUUCUGGCUACUGUCAAGUCUACAGAACUGGGAUUUCCUUUGUGAUGAGCAGUGGACUGUGCUAAAGCUUCUCCUGUUGCUAUCAGUGUGACCUCUGUGUCUUGCAGUCUCUCUUUCUGAUCUCCAAUAAAUGAAACCAUGGAAGUCAAAUUGAUCUACGAUGGACAGGAAGUUGUGGCUAACCAACAUACCUCUUAGACAUGGACAAAUAUGUGUCCACACGAUCAUUCAUCCAUUUAACCCUUUCAGUGUCAAGACCCCUGCUCUCAAACUUGCUCUCAGGGUCGAAGAAUUGAAAAAAAAAUUAUCUUACGAAAGGUAAUGAAAACAAAAGUAUGAAAUUUGGUGGAAUUAUGCUCUCGCAAAGUUAACAUCAUUUGUGUCCUCUGGAAUAUCAGCAAAAAUCGAACAUUUCUGCUACUUUGAGCUCAGUUUCAAGCUACUUUAAGUCUUGAAACUAAUCAAAAUCAUCUCUGUAUCUAUCGUACGAGACCAAGAAACAGAGAAUACAACCAUAAAAAAAAUUUGAUAAUACACAGCGAAGUCACUGUUUUAAACGAAAAACACAGUCGCAGUCUUUUUUUCUCAUUAUACACCGCGUGCUGCAGGAUUUUUUUUUAUAUAGUGCACAUUUACCGUAUAGACCCAUCCUCUCGUAUCUAGGCCCAGAUUUACUGCUCACAGCUUAUCUGGGUGAGCUGAGCUCAUGGCAUCAUGCUACGUGACCGACACUGACUUCAAAGCCGUGAUACAAUGAGACUGAUACUGAAAGGGUUAAUUGUCACACCUAAUGGUUCUUAACCUGAGUGACCUAUGCAUCAUUUAUAAUACAGUACCAUGCCAGAAUAAUAUAUAUAUUAUAUAUAAAUUCUUAGACUUCCUUCUCUUUUCUCCAACAUUGCAAGCUCCUGAUUGUGUUGAUUGCAACACUAAAGGCCUAGAGCUAUCAUUCAACUCCCUACAUGGUUGUUUUGCAUUAUAUAUAUACUAUAUAAGUAUUUUUGUUUUACCAUAUCAGCUAUAAUAUAUAACACUUACAUAAUUGAAUGAAUUAAGUAACAGUCAGUAAAACAAAUGCUGGAAAUUACAAGCAAAACAAGUUAAAUUUAUUUUUCUUAUUUUAUGCUUAAUAUAGCCUUUUAAUUUUUGUAAUAUAGAGCUUAAAAUUUGAUAUUAUUUUUAAUAUACGUACAUGAUACUGAAAUAUUUUUAAGUGUCGUGCUUUACAAUGAUAGAUCAAAAUGAAGGUUUUGAACUCUUGUGUUUAUUGAUAUUUGUUAGACUCGUCUAAUAAAUGUACACAAUUGAAUUUUGCAUUUAUCAUUUAGAUAAAAAUUUAAUUUGAGCUUCUCUUCCUCUCUAAUCCAUGUUAUAGCUGAAGUAAUAUUUUAGUUAGCAUCGACUUUCUAUUAAUGUGUGAGACACUUUCUCGUUGAGUAUUGUCCAGUUGCUCUUACAGGGAGUCUCAGGUUUCUGACACGUGCCACUUUCUGGUCUCUAUACAGUAACCCUCAGAUAUAAUGGACUAAUAGGGGAUGACCAUUAAAUUGAAAUAUUAAAGAAGUGCACUACAGUACUUUAGUGUAUACACAGUACAAUGAUGUACACCCAAUUUACAGAUAUACUGCAAUAAACAUUGAGAAUUUACCCAGUGGAUUUUGCCUAUACAGUGGAACCUCAGUUUUCGUAUGCCCUAGUUGGAGAAAAUUCUCUAUUAAAUGCAUUUUUUGUUGAUAUUUUGGGGUGUCUGGAAUGGAUUAAUUGGUUCCAUUCAGGACACCCAAAAAUAUUAAUAAAAAAGUACAUUUUAUACAGAAUGUUCUCCAAGAAUUUUCUCCAACUAGGGCAUACGAAAACCGAGGUUCCACUGUAAUUUUCAUAUUCCAUUUUGUCAAGGGUUUACUGUAGUAAUUGUCAUUUAAUAGUUGCUAUACUGAUUUCUCAGAAAUAUUUUUAUGAUUUAUGAUUGAAUUAACUAGUGGCUGUUGAAGGUUGAUAAGGAUAAAAAAAAAUUAAAUGACAAAAGAAAUUGCAAAUAAUAUAUUUAUACAUUAAAAAAAAGUCUUCAGUCUGCACUGGAAGCCAGAAACUUUGACAGUAUCUUUUACUUGCAGGAUUCCAUGAAAUGAACUAUAACUUUAUUUCAAAUGUUAUAAUUGUAUUUAGUAUAAUUGCCAAAUAUUGAAAGCAUCACAAUUACAUACUAUUUGACAGCAAUUUAAAUGACCGAGUCUCUAGUUUUAUUCUUUUUUUGUGUGAAACCUUAGUUAUGCUCCUGAUUUUUGACAAUGUAUUAAAACAUUUAGGUGGAGAUGAUGAAAUCUGUCCAUAUGCUACGUUCCAUCUUCUUGGAUUCCGUGAAGAAAUGGACCCCCAGCAGGCUGGCAAUAACUUCCAGACAUUUCCCUACCAGAAUGGCCAUGGAUCUCAACAAAACUUCGUAAAUUCUCCUGCUUCUCGAAGUAUGCCACGUCAUGGGUCUGGCAACUACUACAGCUGCGUUUCUGGCGACUAUAACUGUGGCCAUACGCCGAACGAAGGCCACCAGCCUCGGCACGGGUCUGGCAACUACUACUCGUGUGUGGCUGGAGAGUAUGGCUCUGGUGGUCCCCCAAGCAGCACCUACUACUCCACUGUUCCUGGUGACAUGACUACCUCUCGCAUCAGCAACUCUACAUUCUCCCCAACUUAUGAUGACCCAGCUCGUUCUGAUGAAGAAAGUGACCAAUAUGGUGGAUCAACAUAUUCUGGUGGUGGACCUUAUGCUCGUGCUAUAGACUCUGUGUCCCAGAGUGGAACUGCUAAACGUUUGAAUGGUGGUCCCCUUCAUGGAGCUGCAACCUCAGGUCUCUUAUGGCCUCAGAGUAAUACACAUAAAUUCUUAAUGAACCGUGGAAGCACCUCAGGAAGCACAGGCCAUGGAUCACCUGAGCCUCCUCCACCACCACCACCACGUAAUGGAGAUCUUCCCCUUGACUCCUCUGGUCUUGGCUCCUCUUUGAACGACUCUAACAAUUCUACAGCUUCCAACCAGUUUUCUGAGGCUGAAUGUGAUCAUGAUCUUGUCCAGCGUAAUUAUGGAGUGAAGGCUACCAAGAGCACAGAGGAGAUGCGCAAACUCCUGGACAAGAAACUGGUUAAGAGCUGUAAGUUUUUCUGGAUCAAAGCUAGCUGAUUUCAUCAUGCUUCAUGAAUCACAUAUUGCUGUCUUAUAGCAAUAGCUAACUUGUGAAGCUUUAGUUUGUUUAGAAUCUCAGAGAACCUUUGCUUUUGAUGGUGUAUGACUGCUUCAUCCAGUCUGCCUUACAUUCUCUUGAGACACUUAACAUGGCAUUAUGAAAAUGCUUAUACUAUAUAAAAAAUUAAUUAUGUAGAUAAACAGAAACAGUAAUAGGCCCUUUAGUUAAUAAAUAACAUUCAUGGGCAUCAUAAAGUGUCUAAGAGAAUUUGAGAUAGAGAUUAUGCUAGAGAAAGCCAAGUUAACUGAUAUUACAUUUCCCAUUCUAUGGAAUAAAAAAGAUCCUCAGUUGAAUAAAUAUUUGAUAAAUGUAUAUUGCCAAUUUUUUAGAAAGUAUGAUUUCACAAAUGCUUUGGCCUAAAUUCUAUAACAUAAUUAGUUAAAAAAAUAGUUUUGAAAAAUUAUGCUUAAUAAUGUAAACAAAUAUAGUCUAGAUAUACAGUAUUAUUAACGAAAUUAAGUACAGUAUGUACAUCAAAUGUUCUGAAUUAAGGCCUGCAAGUGUUGUUACUGGAGCAUUUCCUAAUGCAGUAUUAUCGAGUGACUUUUAUGAAUUAGAAUAGAUUACUACAGUUUAGGCAUGAGUUCUUAUUGAGCUGAAUAUAUGAAGCUUUGCACAAUAAUGGUUCAUUUGCAUGAAUGCAUGACACUUCAUUUUCUUGCCUUUUUUUUUUUUUACUAUUCUUAUGAAGUAUUUUUCUAGAGUACAUAAUUAAUCACAAAUAAAUUACCCAGUAUUAGGUGUUGUAUGUACAUAUAAUGCAUUUAGCUUUUAAAUUUGCAUCCCAAAGUAGUAGUUGCACUGUAUAGAUGUAUAGUGGAAGUAAUAUUAAUAAUGCUAUAUUUAACCUGCACUGGUGUAAGAUUGCCCUAGACAGUAUACUCUUCAUCAGUUAAGAUGUUUGUAAACAAUAAGGAGAAAAUAGUCACACAGAAGAUUUUUGGUUGCUUUUGUACUGUUUGCUGUACGAUGGUUAAAAUUUAAAUUACAGAAGCUUUUGUGAGCUGAAAUACUACCAUGGAAGUAAAGUAAGUAUUAUUUUACCAACAAUAAAUAUUAGUUUUGACCCUAUUAUUAUACUACUGUAUUAAAUUUUUCCUUUUCCUACAUUGAAAUAUUUUCAUUCCUGUUAUUAUUUAAUGUUAUUUUAGUCUCGUGUAUAAUUGAUAUAUAGUCUUGUAGGACUGCUCACUUGAUAAUUUUAGUAUAACAGCACCAGAGCAAAAUAUUGUGCAGUAUAAAAGAGGAAUGCAGUAAUCCCCCAGUAUCCACGGGUGGUACAUUCCAAGACCUACUGCGGAUAGUAGCAAACCUUAUAUGUAAGUCGUUUAUCAUUUACAUCCAUCCCUAUCAUAAAAUUUAAUUGAUAAAUUACACACAGUAAGACAUUACCAACAUUAUAUAAUUAAAUAUAUUGUACAGUUGUGGAAAAAAAUUCCUCUCCUGGUCAGAAAUAAUAUCAAGCAGCACAGAUGUAGCGAACAGAGGAUUAAAGACUAUUUUCACAAAUGAAUUAGUGCUGCUUGUAACGAUGGUGAUUGGUUGAAAAAAUUAAUUGCCAGUACUUU